CCUCCUCCUCCUCCUCCUGCAGACAGUUAUUCUCAGCGGGCAGGUGUUCGGGCAGCCCUGGCUCAGGACCCCUCCUGGAUCUCAGAGUACAUCUCCAUGGCGAUACCGAUGUUGACGUCUCAGGACAACGAGGUCACGUACCUGGUUCCCUGGAGUCACCUGCAGACGCCGCCGCAGGAGGGUGGUGUGUACGAGCUGGUGUCCUAUCAGAUGCGUCCCGGCGGUCCGGCUGUUUGGGGCGACGCCUUCCAGGCUGCCGUCACCUCCCAUGAUGCACCGGGGUACGGCAAGCUGGUGGGAGCUUUCCACAACGAGUUUGGCGUGAUGAACAGAGUUCACGCCCUCUGGUGGUUCGAGAGCGCCGACCAGCGAGCUGAACUCCGACACAGAGCUCACACCGACGCCAGAGUGGUCGCUGCAGUCAGAAACAGCGUCGUCCACCUGGACUCUCAGGUGAAUCAGCUAAUGUUUCCCUGCACCUUCUCUCCCAUGAAGUAACUUCCUGUCCUCACACCUGCGUCUCCACGGCAACAGAGACAAAACAUCCACGUUGAAACUUAACGUCCUUCAGAUCUUCGACAGUCAGACAAAGUGUGUGUGUGUGUGUGUGUGUGUGUGUGCGCGUGUUUUACUCGCCAACAUCAACAAAGUCGACCUCUUAUCAGCCAGACAGGAAGGAGCCUUUCAAAAUAAAACAGUGUGAAAGUUGCUGAUUAUUCUCAGUUUAAAAACACGUGUUGAAACAUUCGUCCACAGACAGCCAACGCCUCCUCACUCGCUUCAGCCCUCAGAGGCUUUUACAGGGUUAAUCAAUACAUCAUAUUUCCUCCAUCGCAUCAUCGUGGCACCCAAGCUCUAACAGCCGAGCUCAAACCGCCGAGCUCUAACAGCCAAGCUCAAACCGCCGAGCUCAAACUGCCGAGCUCUAACAGCCAAGCUCAAACCGCCGAGCUCAAACUGCCGAGCUCAAACCGCCGAGCUCUAACAGCCGAGCUCAAACUGCCGAGCUCAAACUGCCAAGCUCUAACAGCCGAGCUCAAACCGCCGAGCUCAAACCGCCGAGCUCUAAAAGCCGAGCUCUAAAAGCCGAGCUCUAACAGCCGAGCUCUAACCACCGAGCUCUAACAGCCGAGCUCAAACCGCCGAGCUCAAACCGCCGAGCUCUAAAAGCCGAGCUCUAAAAGCCGAGCUCUAACAGCCGAGCUCUAACCGCCGAGCUCUAACAGCCGAGCUCAAACUGCCGAGCUCUAAAAGCCGAGCUUUAAAAGCCGAGCUCUAAAAGCCGAGCUCUAACAGCCGAGCUCUAACAGCCGAGCUCAAACCGCCGAGCUCUAACAGCCGAGCUCUAACAGCCGAGCUCAAACCGCCGAGCUCUAACAGCCGAGCUCUAACA